CCGCCGCUGCCACCACCUCCCAAGACGCAGCAACCAAGACCCGGCGCGGAGGAGCCGCCGCUGUGAACCGCGCUGUCCCGGCCCCCGCCGCCCGAGGAGAACGGGAGGCGGGCGAGAGAGCCGGGGAGUCGCGGAGCCCGCCCGUCCGUUCGCCGGCAGCGACGCCCUGCAAGGAGAGAAGCCGUAGCCCAGGCCUGCUCCAAGGAAAAACAACAUGGCUGCAAAGGAGAAACUGGAGGCAGUGUUAAAUGUGGCCCUGAGGGUGCCAAGCAUCAUGCUACUGGAUGUCCUGUACAGAUGGGAUGUCAGCUCCUUUUUCCAGCAGAUCCAAAGAAGUAGCCUCAGUAACAACCCCCUUUUCCAAUAUAAGUAUUUGGCUCUUAAUAUGCAUUAUGUAGGUUAUAUCUUGAGUGUUGUGCUACUAACCUUGCCCAGGCAGCAUCUGGUUCAGCUUUAUCUAUAUUUUUUGACUGCCCUGCUUCUCUAUGCUGGACAUCAAAUCUCCAGGGACUAUGUUAGGAGUGAACUGGAGUCUGCCUAUGAAGGACCAAUGUAUUUAGAACCUCUCUCAAUGAAUCGGUUUACCACAGCCUUAAUAGGUCAGCUGGUGGUGUGUACCUUAUGCUCCUGUGUCAUGAAAACGAAGCAGAUUUGGCUCUUCUCAGCUCACAUGCUUCCUCUACUAGCACGACUUUGCCUUGUUCCUCUGGAGACUAUCGUUAUCAUCAACAAAUUUGCUAUGAUUUUUACUGGAUUGGAAGUUCUAUAUUUUCUUGGUUCUAAUCUUUUAGUACCUUAUAACCUUGCUAAGUCUGCAUAUAGAGAAUUGGUUCAGGUGGUGGAGGUAUAUGGCCUUCUGGCCUUGGGAAUGUCCCUGUGGAAUCAACUGGUAGUUCCUGUUCUUUUUAUGGUUUUCUGGCUUGUCUUAUUUGCUCUUCAGAUUUACUCCUAUUUCAGUACUCGAGAUCAGCCUGCAUCACGUGAGAGGCUUCUUUUCCUUUUUCUGACAAGUAUUGCUGAAUGCUGCAGUACUCCUUAUUCCCUUCUGGGUUUGGUCUUCACAGUUUCUUUUGUUGCUUUGGGUGUUCUGACGCUCUGCAAGUUUUACUUGCAGGGUUAUCGGGCUUUCAUGAAUGAUCCUGCCAUGAAUCGGGGCAUGACAGAAGGAGUUACACUCUUAAUCCUGGCAGUGCAGACUGGUCUGAUAGAACUACAGGUCGUUCAUCGGGCGUUCCUCCUCAGUAUUAUCCUCUUCAUUGUGGUAGCUUCUAUUCUACAGUCCAUGUUAGAGAUUGCAGACCCUAUUGUUUUGGCGCUGGGAGCAUCUAGAGACAAGAGUUUAUGGAAACACUUCCGUGCUGUGAGCCUUUGUUUAUUUUUACUGGUUUUCCCUGCUUACAUGGCUUAUAUGAUUUGCCAGUUUUUCCACAUGGAUUUUUGGCUUCUUAUCAUUAUCUCCAGCAGCAUCCUCACCUCUCUUCAGGUUCUGGGAACGCUUUUUAUUUAUGUCUUAUUUAUGGUUGAGGAAUUCAGAAAAGAACCUGUGGAAAACAUGGACGAUGUCAUCUACUAUGUGAAUGGCACUUACCGCCUGCUGGAGUUUCUUGUGGCCCUCUGUGUGGUGGCCUAUGGAGUCUCAGAGACUGUCUUUGGAGAAUGGACAGUGAUGGGGUCAAUGAUCAUCUUCAUCCAUUCCUACUAUAACGUGUGGCUCCGGGCCCAACUAGGAUGGAAGAGUUUUCUUCUCCGCAGAGAUGCUGUGAAUAAGAUCAAAUCAUUACCGGUUGCUACAAAAGAGCAGCUUGAAAAACACAAUGAUAUUUGUGCCAUCUGUUAUCAGUGGACUCUACAUUCAGUUGCAGUAUGUGGCAAGGUUCCAAGUAAAGACUAAGAGAAAGGUCCCUGGCGGCAUAAACAGUUGCAUUUGACUGCUAACCUAAAGACUGAUGAUUCAAACCCAUCCAGUGAUACCGAGAAAGACAGGCCUGGAGAUCUGCUUCCAUUAAGAUUACAGCCAAGAAAACCCUAUGGAGCAGUUCUACUCUGGAACACGUGGGGUUGCCAUGAGUCGUAAUUGACUUGAUGCCAAUUAACAGUAACAGCAAGGUAAGUGAGAAUGACUUCUGACUAGCUGGAAAUAAUGAUCUACAUGAAUGUAGAAUAAAAUUCUGAGCCAGUUCUAGAUGUAAUAUUCUAUUAUUUUCCAAAUGAGAACUUGCCAAACUCAAGUCAUCUCUGUGAGUGGCAUCAAGCCUACUAGUUUACUUUGGCAAACUUUCUCAUCAGUCCCCUUGGUUCCCUGGAAAUGAGGCGGCAUGAGGAGGUGAGAAGAGCCUAGACUAAAGGCAAGGCUCUGGGUUAUAAUUCCCACCCCUGCCAGCCAUGGUGUCCUUGGCUCAGCCUUUGUUUUUCUGGGCUUCAGCCUCAUCUGAUAAAAUGAUCUCCAAGGUAUCACUCAGCUCUUAAGACUUUGCCCAUCUGUGUUUUUAAUCUUACCACUACUGAGUAAUGAGUUUGCUAUAUAUUUUUAAUGUGCUAAGCCAAAUAUUAAACUUAGCUAAGGUGAGGCUCUCCACUAUAUUCCCAGGGCCUAGUACAGGGCAGGAGCUCUCUAACUAUCUAUGGAGUGGGAAAAAAAACUUAGCAUGUGACUCCUCAUAUAAACCCCAUAGUUUUAAAAUGGCAGAGAAUUCCAUUAGUUGUAGAGACAGACAGCGGAAUACUACAUGCCAACUCGAUGAAGUCUUUUCUGUGGGGGGUUUUGACUGUCUAACUGAAUUCAGAUCAGGGCUUCGAACUGGACCCCUGCUGAGAAUUUGCAUUUCUAACAAGUUCCCAGGAGAUGCUAACAAUACUGGUUAGAGACCAGUUCUGAGAAUCACUAGUAGAGCAGUGGUUCUCAAAAGAUAUUACAUGUAAGGAUCACCUGGGGAGCGUGUUAAAAUGUAGAUUCUGAUUCAGUAUAUCUAGGGGUGGAAAGGAAAAUUCUUAGCAGGGGUUCAAACUGGAACAAACCAGUUCAAAGCCCUGAUUCAGAUAGAGAGUUCAGAGCUUCUAGAACAGAGUAGACACCUGUGGCAUUCAGGUGAAAUGUGUUGUUGUUAGUGGCUGUGGAGUCGGUGCCAGCCCAUGGUGAUCUUAAGUGUAGCAGAACGAGGCACAGCCUGGUUCUGUGCCAUCUUCCCAGUCAUUGGUAUGCUUGAGUCCGUUUUUGCAGCCACUGUGGAUUUUGAGUGCCUUCCAAUCUAGGGGGCUCAUCUUCCAGUAUUAUAUCGGACAAUCUUCUGUUGUUGUCCAUAGGGUUUCCAGUGGCUAAUUUUUGGAAGUAGAUUACCAGGCCUUUAUUCUUAAUCUGUCUAGGCUGAUGAAUUUUGCUUUGUUUUGUUGUUUGGCCUUCAUGGAGCAUUACUGAAUGAUGUUUUAAAAAUGUUUGAAUUAGCUUGCAACAUUUAAAUACUGCAAGAGUUGUACAUACAAACACAAUUUCUACUUUCUCUUGAAACAUUGGAAGAGCUGGCUGCACAAAUUGCUCAUUCCUACUUGGCAACAGUUGGCAUAACUGAGGUGGACCAGCGGGUUUUCUGAUUCACCCCACCUCGCCUCCUAUCACUACCUGCUUUAGAAGAUUAUAUUGUUACCACUGAGCUCUGCUGCUGGCAUUGCAGAUGCUGUUAGUGAGCACUGGGCAAGUUGGACAUAUUUAAUCACGGUCAAAUUCUGUAGUACUGUGUGGAAAGCAGAUAUUCUGUAUUGUUGAGCAAAGUGAAAACAAAAAUGAGAUUUAAAAACCAGAAGCAAUGUGGGUAAAUUUGAUGUUCAUUUAUGGAAGUGUAGAAUCUGUGCAUUUUUAUUUAUUUAAUUACAGUAGUACAGUUUAAAAAAGAAAGAAAAACCAAGUGCUACAUUUGAAUAUGUUUUCAAUUUGAGUCUACCUUUGAUUUUGCACUCUGUGGUAUCACCAAAUUGUUACGUGAACCUAGGCCAGUAUUUCUCAGUCUUUGCAACCAUUGCCCAUGCACUGGAAUCAGGUGGGAAGCUGGUGAAAAAUACAGAUGCCUGGGCCUAGCCUCAUAGAUUCAGAUUCAGUGGGGUUGGGAUGGAGCCGGAGCAUCUUUAUUAUCUACAAAUUUUGCAAUGAUUCUGAUCCCAUCAAAAUGUGAGAAUCUUUUAUGUAGAGCAAAUAUUUCUGCUAUUUUGGCAAGAGGGGGGUUUCCUUGUUCUUGGAACUACCAGGUUUAUGAAAGAAGAUUCUCAGCGGAGAAAUACACAUGAAGACAUUUGUCUCCGAGGCCCAUCUAUGGUUAAGGAUGGUGGCGGAUGUAACAGCUUACAGGGUUUCUGCAGUGAAGCGGCAAAGCCUGGCCACCAGGGACAUGCAGGUGUGAGUGUGAGACCUGACUUUGUCUAUCAACCACUUUGGUUGAUUGACCACCCAGAAAGGUCUAAAGCUAUUUAUAUUUUGAAGUAAAGCAUUGUCAGUUUUUUGCCUCCACAAGCAUGUAGAAUUGAAGAACCAUAGAAUUUUCAAAGUAAAUCACCCUUGAGAGAUCUUGGUCAGUUGUUCACUUCACAAGAGAGCAAAUUAUUCGACUAGUCCAAGGCAGCAUGUUGAUGGCAGAGCUGGGAAUAGCGCUCAGAUCUCCCGAAGUCCUAUCUAAUGCUCUUUCCAUUAUGCCUUGUCACCUUAAAAAAGACCCAAAGUACACUGCAUCCAAGAGAACUAUUUUAUUAAAUUCAAAGGUAUUAUAUGUAAGCUUUGGUGAGAAGAUGAAACAGUGAUAAUUUCUGGGAUCUCAUAAUACUAAACUUUUGGCAAAUUGAUCAAAAAAUGGAAAACAAACAGUAAACAAAUAAAACUUGGGAUGCAGAAUAAGUCUUAAUAUAGGACAAGUCACAAUGCAUCAAAUCCGGAUGUUGAAAGCUGUUGGUUAUAAAAUGUCCUUGUAGUAUUUAUUAUGAAAAUACUUUCUGUGUAAUUAGAGCCACAGAUUCUUACUAUUAGCACCGUCUGCCGCAAGGACGGUUAGCCAUCACGUACCCACACUGUUGGCAGGAACAGAUGGGAAAUGUCUGAGACUGAGGAGUCAAGUCUUGGUUUUGAGAAUUUUAAAAUACAAAACUGCUUCCUCCCCAAGAUAAGUAUUAAAUCACUCUAUGAGGUACAUGUGACAGAAAAAUAGAUAUGUAGAUAGGUAGAUAGAAAAAAAGAAACAUAACUUCCCAUUUUUCUCUUUAGUUGUUCAAUAAUUUUUUUCUUUGUCAAACUCACUAGUCUCCUCUAAGGAAUCCUUAGGUGGUGUAAACAUUUGGAAAGGUUGGAGGUUUGAGUCCACCCAGAGGCACCUUGGAAGAAAGGCCUGGCAAGCUACUUAUGAAAAAGCCAUUGAAAACCCUAUAGAUCAUAGUGCUGUUCACACACACGGGUUCGCCAUGAGUCAAGGUCAACAGCAGCUAGUUUUGGUUAGUCUUCUCUAAAUUACCCUGAAAUCUCUCACCCUCUGCUUAAAAUAAGGAAUCGCAGCUGAAGGGGCUAGUUAGUUAAAUUUAUUUCUGUUGCUAUGAACUAUACUGCAAAAUUUAAACAGCAGUCAACUUGAAAGAUGGGAACCUCUGUUUGUAUCUUGGUGCUGGUGAUGGUGGGGGGUUGAUUUCUCAAAGGCCAUGUGUAUUAGAAUGUAUGUUGACAAUGGAAGCAAAAUGAGCACUUGAAGCCAAUUAGCUGAGCUAAUUUGUAUCGUGUUAACAUUAAGAACUUUAAAUCUGUAUUUUAUGUGCCUACAGCUCGCCUGCACGCCGUUGCCAUUUAUCUUAUGCUGUGAGCUUGCGUUUUUAUAGUUUUUUCCACAUUUAAGAAGAAAAAACAAAUAGCUCCAAGAAAUGAUACCUAAGAAACCCAUCUGUGUCUAGAGAGGAAAGUAACAAGGAAAAUACACUUGGUAAUUUGGAGGGAAGAAAAAACCCAACAUUUUAAAAACCUUUCUAUAUUGAAAAAAAAAAAGAAAGCCGGUAUUAACUA